UUGGUUAAUCAAAAGUUGGGAAAAGGGAGUGUGGCCAGAGAUGGGACCGUUCUUAUCUUUGAGAGAAGAUAGACAAAGAUGAAGAUUGAAACUUUGAAUCUUGAUAUUCUUAUUCUUUCCCAAAAUUGCUAUGGAAGCCCUACCAACUUCCCUCUGCCACAUGGUGGCCAUGCCAUUUCCUGUACGAGGCAAUAUCAACCCUAUGAUGAACCUCUGCAAACUCCUUGUCUCCAACAAUAGCAACAUUCAUGUUUCCUUUGUAGUCACUGAAGAAUGGCUAAGCUUCAUCUCCUCCGAGCCAAAACCUGACAACAUAAGCUUUCGUUCGGGAUCGAACGUUAUUCCCUCGGAACUUAUCUGUGGCCGCGACCAUCCUGCAUUCAUGGAAGAUGUCAUGACAAAGAUGGAAGCACCCUUUGAGGAGCUACUUGACCUACUUGAUCACCCUCCCUCUAUCAUUGUUUAUGAUACUUUGUUGUAUUGGGCUGUUGUGGUUGCAAACCGAAGGAAUAUUCCAGCAGCAUUGUUUUGGCCUAUGCCAGCAUCUAUUUUCUCUGUGUUCCUACAUCAACACAUUUUCGAACAAAAUGGUCACUACCCCGUGAAAUAUCCAGAAAAUGGUGACAAACGUGUAUGUUAUAUUCCUGGAAUUUCGUCAACGCGCCUAGCUGAUUUCGCUCUAAACGAUGAUAGUAACCGAAGCAAGCAAAUGAUGCAAUAUUUUUUAAAAGGUUUUGAAUGGAUUCACAAAGCACAAUAUCUUCUAUUCUCUUCAAUUUAUGAGCUUGAAUCUCAAGCCAUUGAUGUCUUAAAAUCAAAAUUGCCCUUGCCAAUUUACACUAUUGGCCCUACCAUACCUAAGUUUAGCCUUAUUAAAAACGAUCCAAAACCGAGUAACACUAAUCAUAGCUACUACAUUGAGUGGCUAGAUUCACAACCUAUUGGUUCUGUUCUUUAUAUUGCACAAGGAAGUUUUUUCUCGGUUUCAAGUGCACAAAUUGAUGAGAUUGCAGCUGCUUUGUGUGCAAGCAAUGUUCGGUUCUUAUGGAUAGCACGUAGUGAGGCUUCAAGGUUGAAGGAAAUUUGUGGUGCUCAUCACAUGGGAUUGAUUAUGGAAUGGUGUGACCAAUUGAGAGUUUUGUCACAUCCUUCUAUUGGUGGAUUUUGGUCUCAUUGUGGUUGGAAUUCAACAAAGGAAAGUCUUGUUGCUGGGGUUCCAUUUUUGACUUUACCAAUAUAUAUUGACCAACCAUUUAAUAGUAAGAUGAUGGUAGAGGAUUGGAAAGUUGGGUGUAGAGUGAAGGAAGAUGUUAAGAGAGAUACUUUGGUGAAGAAAGAUAAAAUUGUAAAACUAGUGCAUGAAUUUAUGGAUUUGGAUGGUGAGCUUACAAGAGAUAUUAGGGAAAGAAGCAAAAAGCUUCAAAAGAUAUGUCUUAAUUCAAUCGCAAAUGGUGGCUCAGCUCACACCGAUUUCAAUGCCUUCAUUAGUGAUGUAAUGCAUUUGUAG